AUGGCAACGUCUUCCCAGCCAGCAGGCCCGUUGGAUGAGGGCCCUCCAUACCGCUCCUUUGAGGAGCUCCGCGGCGAUCCAACUGUCGCCGUCGUCUUCACCGCCGCCGCCAAGCGUCUCUUUUGGCCCCUCGACGGCGUCUUCCCCACCGCCCUCUCCGUCAUGAAGACGCUCCGCAGCGCGGACGAUCUCGAGCCGUACUUCCAGCAGACCCUCGGCGGCGGCGGCAUCUGGCACGAGAUCGCGCAGCUGCCCCUGACCGAGCCCAAGGUGUCGUCGGUCGAGGCGUCCGUCUACGACCUGGAGCAGUGGGAGUUCAACUGGGUGGCGUGGCACACGCACCACGAGGGGGAGCCGGCCAACCCGGAGUAUGUCACGUAUGGCGAUCUGAGCGAUGAGGAUAGGCCGUACGCGAAGGAGCCCAAAGAGGACGGCAGCUGGGAGGAGGACUCGGACACGGAGUUCCUCGUCCGGUGCUGCGGGCAGGAUCGACCGCUGCGGAAGAGGGGGCAGAAGCUUGUGGUCACGCCGGCGGCGGGCGGCCACUUCGUCACGACGCACGACUACGUCAGCGCUGUGCACCCCUGGCUCAUGGGCUUGCGUCCUGAGAUCUUGCUUGCCAAGACAGUUGCACAGCCUGAGCCGCAGCCUGGGUCGGCGGGAAUGGCGUGGAUGGUGGACCAGGGGCCGGAGCACAAGGUGGAGGCGAAGCAGAGCUGGAUUCAAGCCCAUGGGGGUGGCCCGCCGCGUCCUAUCCCUGCCUCGACGGCCGCGAUUCUCGCAAGGAUACGUGCGAGUCGAAACAGGUGA